UACUCUGAGAACCUUAGGUAACCUUCUCUCUCUGUCGGGUCUCAAAGCUCUGACAUGGAGUACAGAACCUUAGAAAUCAACGUUAUCUCUGCCAAAGGCCUCAAAGAUCUCAACCUCUUCUCGAAGAUGGACGUAUACGUCGUCGUCUCGCUCUCCGGCGACAAGCAAAUGACCAAAACCAAUGUCGACCGAAAAGGUGGCACCAGCCCCACCUGGAACUUCACGGUGAAAUUCACCAUCGACGAGUCCGCAGCCCGGCAAAACCGACUGAACCUCGAGUUCCAACUCCGCUGCGACCGCAGCCUCGGCGGAGACAAAUAUAUCGGCGUAGUGUACGUUCCCGUCGCAGAGCUUCUCAACUCUACCGGCUAUGGUAAAUCCAUGCAGUUAGUGAGUUACCAGGUGAUCAGACCCUCCGGAAAGCCCCAAGGCAUACUCAACUUUUCGUGCAAGUUUAUGAAGAAAGUGGCCACAGGCGGUGAGCUCCUAGUGCCAGAGGCUAAGGCUCACGGGCCUGUUAUUGCAUAUGCUGCUCCUGUGGUGGGGACCAGUGCGCCACCAUACGAUGGGUUCUAUCCUCCAGCUGCCGCUCCUCAUCCUCCUCAUCAACCAUAUUGUUAUCGUUACCAACCACCUCCACCGGGUUAUGGGUACCCCGUGAUUAGUGCGCUACCAUACAAUGGGUCCUAUCCUCCGGAUGCCACUUUUCAUCGUCCUCCUCCUCCACCAUAUGGUUAUGGUUACCCACCACCUCCACCGGGUUACGGUUACCCCGGACCGCCUCCACCGGGUUACGGUUACCCCGGACCACCUCCUCCGGGUUACGGUUACCCCGGACCGCCUCCUCCGGGUUACGGGUACCAACGGGCCGUGCAGCAACGGCAGAAGAUGAACAAGUUUUGGACGGAAUUGGGAGCUAGAUUGCUAGGAAGAGCGCUUGGGGGGCUGUUGAUCGGAGAUAUGCCGGUGCCCGAUGCAGGCUCUGGCACAGGGUUUAGUCUGUAUUAAAAUAACUAAAACUGGCUUUUCCAAUAACACCGGCUUUUGACUUUUGAUAAGAUUGCCAUUUUGGUAGGCACGGGAUUACAGUUCACGUCUGAAUUCUUGUUGUUGUGUAUUUUCAGAUGCUUUGAACGUGAAUAAGGUUGAUGUGUUGUGUUUGUAACCAAAGCUUGUGAAUAAGCUUCAUGUGUACGUUGUGUUUGUAACCAAAGUGCGAU